GUAGAGGGAAGAAGAUUCCAGUAGCCCAAUUGUGACUGUCUCUGAGUAUUGUCGCUCGCUUCUCCACCCUAAGCUAAGCCUCACAGAAUCAAACAUUCUCACUCAGUCAAUCCAAGUUCCAGUUCCAAUUCGAGUUCGAGUUCGAGUUCGUGGCACCAACCAUGAACAGGAUCGUCACUUCUCGCCUCAGGGCCCGUUCGCUCAAUAGGUUACCUGCAACUACCAGAUUUGCAAGCUCAAGUACUGUUGCCACUAAGCAAUCCUCUUCUGGAUUCGGUGGUCUCUUUGGAUGGCUCACCGGAGAACGAUCCACUUCAUCAACACCUCUGGAUUUCCCUCUUCCAGGUGUUACACUACCCCCUCCAUUGCCUGAUCAUGUCACGCCGGCCAAAACUAUCGUUACUACUCUCCCAAAUGGAGUCAAAGUAGCCUCUGAAACAUCCGCGACUCCUGCGGCUUCCAUAGGUGUAUAUGUCGAUUGCGGUUCGAUCUACGAGACUCCAGGGACUUUUGGGGCUACGCAUCUGCUUGAGCGGAUGGCCUUCAAGAGCACUCUGAACCGGAGUCACUUUCGAGUGGUUCGUGAGGUGGAGGCGAUUGGUGGGAAUGUGCAGGCCUCGGCUUCUAGGGAGCAGAUGGGUUACACCUUUGAUGCCUUGAAGACUUAUGUUCCUGAAAUGGUGGAGCUGCUUGUUGAUAUUGUGAGGAAUCCUGCGUUUCUUGAUUGGGAGGUUAAUGAACAGCUUCUGAAAGUGAAGGCUGAGAUUGGUGAAGCUUCAAAAAACCCUCAAGACUUGCUAUUGGAAGCAGUCCAUUCUGCUGGUUUUUCUGGUGCCUUGGCAAAUCCUCUUUUAGCUUCAGAAUCAGCUUUAAAUGGACUAAAUGGUACACUUCUGGAGGAAUUUGUUGCUGAAAAUUAUACUGCACCUCGGAUAGUACUUGCAGCUUCUGGUGUUGAGCAUGAGGAAUUGCUAUCCAUUGCAGAGCCUCUUUUGUCUGAUCUACCCAGUGUUCCUCGUCCAGAGGAGCCAAAAUCAGUAUAUACUGGUGGUGACUAUAGAUGUCAAAGUGAAUCAGGGACGACCCAUUUUGCCCUUGCAUUUGAACUUCCUGGCGGAUGGCAUAAUUUGAAGGAUGCUAUGGUUUUGACUGUUCUUCAGAUGUUGUUGGGAGGUGGUGGAUCAUUCUCAGCUGGUGGACCUGGUAAAGGGAUGUUUUCACGGCUGUAUCUCAAUGUUUUGAAUAAAUUUUCAGAAGUUUAUUCAAUUUCAGCAUUCAACAAUAUUUACAACAAUACUGGCAUUUUUGGAAUCCAAGUCACAACAGGUUCAGAUUUUGUAUCAAAAGUCAUUGAUAUUACAGUUAAUGAGCUUCUUGCAGUUGCUACUUCUGGACAAGUUAACCAUGUAGAGCUGGAUCGUGCCAAACAAGCUACCAAAUCUGCAAUUUUGAUGAAUUUGGAAUCAAGGAUGGUUGUCUCAGAAGAUAUAGGAAGACAAGUUUUGACAUAUGGUGAGAGGAAACCUGUGGAUGAUUUCUUGAAGGCAGUGGACCAAGUGACUUUGAAAGACAUUACUUCAAUUUCUCAAAAGCUCUUAUCUUCCCCUCUCACAAUGGCAUCAUAUGGAGAUGUUUUAUAUGUUCCAAGCUAUGAAUCAGUGAGCAACCAGUUCCGUUCAAAAUGAGAUUGCUUUUAUCCAUCAUACAACCAACUCUUGGUACGGCUGAAAGGUGUAUAAUAAGCCAUAAAUCCUAAAUAUCCUUGUUGUAGUCAAUAAACUAGUGAUCAUGCGCAAGCAACAUGUGCUAUCUCAUUAUUUUUUGAAUACCACAACCAUUGGCCUGGACAUGAUUGUUUUCUAGGCUGAGCUUAACUUAAACUGUUGGAUUAUAUUUUUGAUUGAAUCCCAUUUCGGGAAACCCAGUCAUAAUCGAUUGAUAUGGAACUCCUUUUGAAUUAA